AUGCUCACGAGGAAGCCGGUUUUGGCUCCCAAGUCUAAUCUCCCUCCUACUCUAAAGGUGCCAUGCGUUCUUCAGGUCAAUGGUAACCCUUUUGGCGGCAAGAGCCUCGGCAUCACCACAAGUAUAGCCGCCUCGCUGCUCGCGCUGAGAUCUCCUGACAAAGAAUCAUUCCUUGGCUUUAUCAUCGAAUUCCCACUACCCGCUGAUAGGAUUGGUUUCGGACAGUGUCAUCACAUUGACUUUUCUACUCGGAAGUCCAGUCCUAGCAAUACUUGGGAACUCACCGUGAAGUUCCCCCGUGAUGAUAUUAAUAUCAACUACCGGGCUGCAAGUGACGAAGAAACCGCCAGAUACCCCGCUGGUAAGAAGCAUAUGACUUGGGUUGACGUCUUCCUUGGCAACAACGCACCAGUCUCUGUCCAAGGAUUUGGUAUGCCGUACUCGAACCCAGGUCACCCGGCUGAAGAUUGGCUGCGGUAUACUGCCUCGACAACCGUUAUUGGCGGCCUAUCCCUUCUUGAUAUCAUCCAACAGCGACACUUUUCGUUCCUCGCUGCUCAACCUGAAAAGACCAUGAUGGCGAGGUGGAGCGUCGCCAGCUUAGCACCCAAGUUCAACUACGGCUAUGGUAUAGACCAAUCAUGGAACAUGGACAGAUACAUGAAGCAGCUCCAUGACGUCAAAGGUCACCGCUUCCAGACUACAUGGAACUUUGGAACCGACGCCUCCCAUGUGACUGCUUUGACACAGAGCAUAGUCCAAGAUUUCAUGUGGAUUCAGAAAUACUGUCUCGACAUGACUACUGAAAUGGGCUCUGCGUACUUCGUCAAGCAUCCAGCAAGCCGGAAGUCGGGACGAUGGUUGGUCAUCGUCAAGAUGGACCAAGACUUUUGGAAGCACACAGAAUGGUCUCAAGCAUGUAUACACGGCACCAUGAAGCUGGUAGUCCAUCCUGGGUCUGAUGAAUUGCCUAAGUCGUGGACGGAAGACCUUUCCGAACGAUAUUCAGCCCGAAUCUGCCACGAUCACGAUGAAGUCAGAUUGCUCAACCGACAUCGACUCACUGAGAACGACUUUGUUAUCAGGGUCAUCGAGCCGCUUCAUACUCAACUGGGUAUCAAGGAGUUUGAGAGCCGCGAGGAGGCCAACAAUCGCGUUUCGUUCGAAUGGGACCUACAACUUCAUGAAGCCAAGCGACAGGUCGACGCUGUUUGCGACCUCUUGACAUCGGCCGCCCCAAAUCACCUCUUCUGUGAUCAACGCCAUGAAGAUUCAGAGCUUAGUGCCGGAAACAAGGCAUUGAUGAUGAGCCUUCACAGAGAUCUCCUACGUGGCGAUGGCUUCUGGCAGACAAUGAUGUCCGCAACCUCGGCCGUGGAUGAGAUGGCAGGCAACAUGAGAGCCCCGAAUACUGGUGGCCAAGGUCAAGGAUUGAUUUUGCCUAUGCUCCCGUCUGUCAAUUUCCUCAAAGAUAAUGGUAGAAGCGGUUGGGCUGAUGCUCUAUUGUCCGAGAUCGCUGAGGCCGACCAAUGUCCGCUUCGGUACUACCUCAGCAACCGUCCUCUAGGCUUUGGUAUUAUCACGACUGGCCCCAACAGCAACGACACCCCCGUCUUUCCCGCGGCGGUCCUCGCGAUGCACGCAACCGUGGGUACUGUCAUGGCGAGUGGGCCGACCCCUGCUGCCGUGAAUAAGUUCGCUUUUGACCUACAUACUGUCUCUCACAAUAGUGUAUGCAAGUACAACAUUGGAAGGACCCAGGAAACCCGUAGCCGGGCUGCUCUGGUCAUUCGCGCCUUUCAACUUCAGGUUGAAUGCGAUGCCUUCAAGAGUUUACUUCGAUUCCCUCACCUUGGUGAUGAAGCGGCCAGUGAUGAUGAGUGGGGUGUGAAGUUGGAUUGGAAUUUUCAUCUCUCAGCCUCGUAUUGGCUUCUUCUCUGCCUUGGUUCCGAAUAUCUGCCACCCCUGCAGAAGGACGACAGCAAUAUUCUACACGAGUUCAAGACAUUACUUGCAAGGUCGGACAAUCUUGCUCGUCUCCGUGAGCGGGUUUCUGGCAAGGUCUCAUGGGAAGAGUACGUGGCCGGCGAAACAGUUGCAGACUCUGAAAUCAUGAGAAUGAUGAAGAUGCUCAUCGAGGUCGCCGACAUUGUGUGUACCACCCCAUCCCUAGCCCACACCGAGGAUCAUCUCAGAAAAUGGAAGGUAGAGCGGGCUCGUGGCAUCGCUAUUGACGAAGCUGGUCGCAUGAGCCGUGGGGAUCUAUAUUCCAUCUGGGGAAAUACACUCUUGCCCUGCCUUCUUGCCGGCAAUGAAGAGUUUAUCCCGCUAGAGGUGAAGAGCCACCAUGACAGAGAUGACGACGGCAAUACGCGGAAUAGAUUUGGCGACGAUGCUCGGAAGUCGGCGCUCGAGUUUCUGACGGCGACUGGCUGGCCUGUCUACCGUGUUCGUGGUCAGUGA